GAACUGCCGGCAGACCUGGCCGUGGGCGAGACCGCGAGCGCCGCGAGGCAGAAGGCCGCGCGGGCGCUGGGCCCCGCGGUCUGUGCCGCGCGGCUCUCGCUCGUGGCCGGCGGGCGGCCCCUGGAGGCCGCGGAGCGCCUCGCGCCCGAGCUCGCCGCGGAGGGCCUGACGGUGCUGCUGGGCAGCGGCCUGCGGGUGGCGACCGGGUCCUCCGACGGCGUCGUGCGGCUCUUCGACGCCGCGUCGGGGCGCUGCCUGCACCGCCUCCGCGGCCACGGGAAGCAGGUCGGCGGCCUGGCGUUCUCGCGGGCGGGGGACCGGCUGCUGAGCGGGUCCUGGGACGGGAGCGCCCGGCUGUUCGACCUGGCGAGCGGCGCGUGCGAGCUCGUGCUCGCCGGGCACGCCGACGCGGUGUGCUCCGUGGAGUUCUCGGCGGACGGGGCUCGGGCCCUGACCGCUUCGUGGGACGGCACGGCCAGGCUGUUCUGCACCCGCACGGGCGCCUGCGAGCGCGUCUUCGCGGGGCACCCGGACGCACUGUGCGAGGCGUCCUUCGCGGCAGGCGGGGCCCACGUGCUCACGUCGUCUCGCGAUUGCAGCACCCGGCUCUUCGACACCGAGACGGGGGCGUGCCUGUCGCGCGCGGUCGGAAGACGAUGCGGAGCACGGCCGUCAACGGUCUCGCCGGAUGGCCGCCAGGUUUUGCAGACCAGCUGGGACAACAUGGCCAGCCUCUAUGACGGGGAGUCUGGAGAGCUGCUGAUGGAGCUGGGCGGCCACUCGGGCCCCGUGUCUUGGGCGUCCUUCUCCCCCGACGGGCGCCGCAUCCUCACCUGCUCCUACGACAGCACGGCUCGCUUGUUCGACGCCGCCACGGGCGAGUGCGAGCAGGUGUUUGGCGGGCACGGGGGGCCUGUCUGCGUUGCGGCGUUCGGGCCCAUGUGCCCUGGCGUCGGUUCCUGA